AUGUUUAGAGGGAAUGGGAAGAAAUCGUUCUGGCAGGCAUGGAAUGCUUACGAGGAAAUUACUGAUGCCUUUGUUCAUCUUGCCGCACAUCCGUUUGAGCAUCUUGACUUACAUUCUGAAUCAUUUCAAACAAUCGAGAGACUAGUUGUC